GGCCGCGCAGCUCUCUCCGCGCAGCUCCGCGGCUCCGGAGCCGGGGGCUCGUCACGGGCAUCGGCCGCUUCUGGAGGCUCAUCCCCGGCUCUCUGUGUUUACAGGAAGUGAACGGCUUCUGAUGCGAGCAGCACGAUGAAAUUCGGUUGCCUUUCCUUCCGACAGCCCUACGCAGGAUUGCUUCUAAACCAAGUCAAAACAGUGGAGACUCGCUGGCGUCCUUUGCUAGCAGGCUACAAGAACUGCACCAUUGCUAUUCAUAUAGCUAUUAAGGACUGGGAGGAUGAGACAUGGAGAGAAAUUCUUCUGAAUAGGCUCGGCAUGACACCAAAACAACUGCAAGGUUUGUUGGAUGAAGGGGAAAAAUUUGGCAGAGGAGUUAUUGCAGGAUUAAUUGACGUUGGAGAAACAUCAUUAUAUCCAGAAAACCUGCCUCCUGAAGAGAUUCUGGAGCUGGAAAACAAAGCAGUCCUCAGCAAUCUGGAACAGAAAUACUUGACUGUUGUUUCAAAUCCCAGAUGGCUCCUGGAACCAAUUCCUGCCAGAGGGAGAACUGGGGUGUGGCAGGUGGACAUCCCUGAAGAACUGAUCCCUUCAGAACUGUAGAUGUUGCCCCUUACUCUCAUUUUUCCUGCCUAAAUGCAGACUUGCAUUCAAGAUGCUGACUUGUGAAUUACAUCCACAUUUUGUUUAGUAUUCCCUUCCAAAACUGUMUGAAAUGGCAAAUGCAUUGAAGAGCUGCUCUUUUGAGGCAAAACAAACACAGUGUGUUUUUAUGGCUAUUACAAGACAUUAUUAAUGUUUUUCUAGAUUUUUCCUAUAUAAACAACUAAGUUUAAAUGCCUGGCUAUGGAUUGUGUGCCAAUUUCAAUGUAAAUAAACUGUUUUUUUUUAUAUCUGCAUCUCUGAUUAUCGGAAAACGGUGCUUAA